UACUCUUUGGUCUGUGCCGAGAUGUUUUUUACAUCCAACUACAAUUUAGUCAUUGGUUAAAGCUUGCGCGGCAAAGGAGUGUCCCAAAAUCAACUAGGGCAUAACAAAAAAUAUCCUUGUUACAAAAAAUAUUUUCAUAUUCCAACGAAUGUCAGUUUUUUUUUUCUUUCAAAUUUUCAAUACAAAAAAAAAAUCAAAAGUGAAUUUUUAUCAAAAAAAAAAAUCUCAAAAAAUCAGGAUAAAGUUGUUUGAUUUUUUUUGUUUUAUUUUUAAAUUUAUAAAUCCUUACAAAGAACUUGCAAGAUAUUAAAUUCUAAUUUGCUCAUGUUUUCGUAUCGCUUACAUCAUUAAAAGUGAAUACUUGCCAGCCGGUCGUGUUUUGUCUGAAAAAAAAAAAAAAAAAAAAUCGUGAGGACGGUGUGUUACAACAACCACCACCCCUAAUUUGAGGGUUAUCCAUCCACCCCCACCCUCUAGGAAGAGUUAAAGGAUUUACAUUUAGGUUCGAAAAAAAAAAUUCAAAUAUUUUUGGUCAGAGAGGGAAAAAAGUCCCUCCUAAAACAGGAGAAAGAAAUAAAAUUCGAUUUUUUGUUGGUGGCUAUGUGAUAACGUCACUGAAUUUAUGAAUAAAUAAAUUAAUCUUAUGUUUGUCGAUCGGGUUGAAAUGAUAAGGAAUUAAAUUGGAAUUUUCUUAAAACCGAAGUUAGUUUCAAAUAAUAUUGCCACCCUUUAAAAAAAAAUGGAUUACUGGUUAUGGAUGUAUGUUGUUAUUGGAUUUUCUGUGUAUCAACAUGCCGGCAGUCUUAUUGUAACGGAUAUCUUUGUUCCACCUAUUAUUGAUUUUCGUGAUAACGUGACCUUGUCAUGUAGCUAUGAUAUGGGUGGACACACAUUGAACUCAGUUAAAUGGUACAAGGACGAAAAGGAGUUCUUCAGAUACUCCCCAAUGAUGCAUCCAGUUUAUAUGAAAUUCCCAGUCGAUGGCAUUCAAGUAUCAGAUGGCAGUAAUAUUUGCAACGAAACAACAUGCAAAGUUGAUUUAAGUUUGUUAGGUAAAAAAUCAUCAGGUGUUUAUAGAUGCGAAGUAUCUGAGGAUGCACCACAUUUUAAGUUAACAACUAAAGCUGCCAAUAUGACUGUUGCAGCACUGCCACAAAAUAAUCCCCUUAUAAGCAGUUUCCAUUCAAUGUAUCACAUCGAUGAGUUCGUAACCGCAAAUUGUUCAUCGGAUUAUUCAAGUCCACCGGCCACCCUAACUUGGUAUAUAAAUGGUGAACAGGCUCUUUAUGGUGAAUUGCAACCAAGGAUAGAACACACAAUUCCAGCGCAUGACUAUAAUUUACAAAGGCAAAUCCUGCAGACCCAUUUCUACUUGAAUGGACCGCGGUUCUAUAAUCCGACAAGAAUUUUAGAAUUGAAAUGCGUGGCGGAAAUUGAAAAUUUCCCAACGCUAAGACGUGAAUCGACUUUAAAGGCCUUUCUUGUUCAGGAUGAUGAUAACCUAAACAAUCAAAUGCUUCUUAGUUCGGGUUAUCAAAAUAAAUCCGAACAUAUAGUUCCACAUACUAUUCUUCUAAUCUUUGCUAAAAUUCUAACAUUUUUGCUGCAUCAAAAUAAAAUUUUUAGCUAGUAAUACUUUAUUUUUUUUUAAUUGCCUAAGUGAAAAAAAAAACAAAAGAAAAUUAAAUGUUUUGUCCUAUUUGUAUAUUUUGUUUGUAAAUAAAACAAGUGAUAUGUAGAUCAAUGAAUUUAU